GCUCGAGUGUCUGUCUGACAGCGUCCUUGUUCUGCGUCUCACACGGAGCGUAAGCAGCCCAGAACUGCGAAAGGAGAGAGGGCAGACAGUAUAACAAAGCAACAUUUCUCCCGGUGAUCCCCAUAUAUACCACAGACAACAGCUCACGCUCGCAGUUCCCUUCCAAGCGAUGAGCAUGGCCAGACUGGAUGUAACAGAGACCUUCCACAACAUCGCUUUCCCUGGGCACCUGCACACUCGCGAGUCUCUCCACUAUGCUGUCAACUUCCAGUUCCAGGACACAGAUACGCUCAUUGUGUCAUACCCCAAGUCUGGCACUACCUGGAUGCAGCAGAUCCUAACACUUUUGUACAGUCAGGGUGAUGAAACCGUGUCACACACCAUCCCAAACUGGGCACGGGCACCAUGGUUAGAGCAGUACUACUUCCCCAAAGUACUAGAAGUACUAAAGGAGCCGCGGAUCAUCACCACCCAUCUGCAGUACCACCUGCUAGCUCCCGCCCUCGAGGGAUCUCAGGCCAAGGUGAUCUACGUUGCGAGGAACCCAAAAGACCUCGCUGUGUCUUUUUAUCACUUCCACAAAAUGGCCAACUUCUUACCCAACCCUGACUCCUUUGAGGAGUUUCUGGAACAUUUCCUUGAAGGAACAGUAAAUUACGGCUCCUGGUUUGAUCAUGUGAAGGGCUGGACCAGUUCCAGAAGAAACGAUCUGAACUUUCUCUACAUAACUUAUGAGGAGCUGUGGGAGGACUUCAAAGGCUCGAUGGAGAAGAUCAGCACUUUCCUCCAGCACCCCCUGAUGUUGGAUGACAUACAGAAGAUUCAGAAGCACUGCACUUUCGCCAGUAUGAGGGAGAAUCCUAUGGUGAAUUACACCACAGUCGACAAGGAGAUCAUGGACCACAGCAAGGGGCAGUUCAUGAGAAAGGGGAAAGUCGGGGACUGGAAAAACACCUUUACCCCAGAGCAGAAUCAACGUUUUGAAAAUAUCUUCAGUUUGAAAAUGAAGAAUUCACACCUGAAGUUUACCUGGAAUAUCCAAAGUGACCAAUCAACGCAAUGGAAAAAUCAGCCACUGUUCUGGCCUCCAGAGUCUCAAAACUCAACCUUUCAAGCGAAUGGGUGUUAUGCAAACACAAGCGUGUAGAGAAGAUAGGUUCUCUGCUCGCGAGUGCAUACAUGCACAACAACCAAGAGUGUUCUGUAUCUCAAAAAUGUAGACUCUUCAGAACAGCCCCUUUUUGCUUCAGUGACAGCAAUGCAGACUCAUCAUUCCAGAUGCAGCCACCUGCAGUGUCUCUCCAACAGCCCACAAGGAGUUUCCAUAAAUUCUGGGAACAUAUUGGCUACCUUGCUGUUACUCUUCGAUUCAGCUCAUCCCAAACCAGCUGUACAACUCUUAGGUCAGGGGAUUGUGGAGGUCAGGCCAUCUGUUACAGCUCACCAUCUCUUUCCUGGUUCACUUUGGUAAUGAUUCUCAGUAGGUGUGUCCAGACUUUUGAUUCAUACGCUAUAAAUUAUGAUGCAAACAUGCAAAGAUUAUUUUCAUCAUGACUCCUUUUUUGUUUGAUUGUUUCUUGUCGAACUGGUCCAGCCCUUCGCAUUAUCAAACCAGGAACCAUAAUUCACUGCGAAGAAAAAAUAAGUGCGUAAGAUUUUGUAACAAUGCAACGAGUCAUUAAUGAUUUAUCAAGUGUAAUAACAGCAAUAUGAUGCGAAUGUUAUAUGUAAGCAAUAAUGUUAUUUUUAUCUCAUUUUUUUUUGUAAAAUAUGAUUUUGGAUUUAUAAGAAAACAUAUAUAAAGGUCAUUUCGGUGUCCUUCAGUGUCACAUCAGCAGACAGAGCAAAUCUAUAUCUGGACAUUUGAGGAACAUGAAUAACCUUCCUGUCUUUGCUGAGAGCUGAUGUCUGCUUUGCUGAAAGGAACCUCUGUGUACAGACGCAUUAAUGUCUCGACUAUGAAUUGCUCUUAUCUGAGACGUGAGAAAUAGGGAAUCUCGAGAAGGACGACAGAAGAGGAAGCAGAGAGGCGAUAGGAAAAUAUCGAAUAAAUGAAUCAGACAUAAUUAUUCCAGCUUGAUUACAUUAACCUGAGAGUAAACUAUGACAUACAUACAUGUGAGACGAGAAGGGAGAGUGACGUCCUGUGACAUCAUAAAGCAGGUACAUAAAAUCAGCUUGUUAAGAUGCAAAAAGGCAAGUUGCUAUUAGUGGCCAGCAAACCCAGCUACUCGGAGCUGUGUUACGUCCCUGUGUGCUUCCUCAGUAGUGGAAUGAGCUGCCGAACCACAUUGCGUGUAGCUCUGCCCAAAUACCAUUUACACUUCUACCUGGGCGUUCACUGUAAGCUCAGCCUAGCCCUGCUUACGCCUAGUCCACUCCACGUAUCUUUCUAAUGUGCUAUUUACCCUCACUUGUAUGUCAAAAUGAUAACGAGAUAUCAGUCAUCAAUCAUGAAUUGUUAAAGACCUAAUUAUUACUGUUGAUCCGAUCUCAUUUGAUACUCACAAUAAAAAUAUUCAGAGAAA